AUGUCCCUUCCUGUCCUCAUCGCUGCUCUCCUGGUGUUCCUUCCUGUAGUCGCGGGCAAGCAGGCCGACACGCUUGUCGUUAUCUUGCAUCAGAGAGGAGAGAGGGAGCUGAACCUCCUCCAUUCCAUUGACUUCACUGACGACGUUCAGUCGAUCCUGGUGUUUGCUCAUGAAGCUGAUAAGCAGCUCCUGGAAGAGCAAACUCAGGAGCAGAGGGUUCGCGUCAUCACAAGAAAGUAUGAACUCGAGCGCUGCUCCUUUGACGAGCACUACAUUGUUGUACUCGAGGACACGCUCACGUAUGCUGCCGACUGGAUCUCUGUCGCAAAGAAUCAGGUCGAUGCGAUAGGACGGCGAGCAGUUGUGGGAGCUCGUGGGUUUGUGUGGAACAAGCAUGCGAUAACGAGGACGCGCAGUUUGAGCAACGCCAUGAUCUCGUUCCCGACGAGCUCGGAGCAGCCCCAUGAGUUUGACGUGUGGGUGGAUGUGCUGCAGGUGGGAAGCCUUAGCUUCCAUUCAAGUCUCACUGAACCCAACGUUCUCCUCCGCCUGCUCGAAGCCUUCCGGUCGGGCUUGGCGGACCUUCACUUCUCUACCUACCUACUCCUGCAUGAGAUCGCGCGCUUGUCCUUCUCCUGCCCCUCCGAGUGGCUUCCUGUGCCCUCUCCUUCCACCCCUCCUGCCUUCUUCUUCCCUCAGCGCAUCGAACAGCUGCGGGGCGAGUCCCGACCAGCGCUGCUGCUCGCUCUUCAGUUCGCACCAUGGAGGACAAGAAGUCUGCCUGAAGCAUCGACGUUCCUCGUGAAGCUCCGGGUAGCAGACGAGAGCAUCGGCUCCUUCACCUACACGCUCGUCGAGGUUGACCCUCAGCAGGACGGGGAGGAGGAGCACGAUUGCCCGCACGUGCCCUGCAUCGAGAGGAGGGAGCAAGGGGAGUCAGGGAGCAAUGGAUCGGUGCUUGCGUCAACAUGGGGCAGCCACUGCGAGGGGAAGCUGACGGUGGUGAUGCCUGUCUUCUGGAAGCCGCGAGCUUGCUUCUCUCUGCAGACGGUGCGGCAGCUGGUGGGGAUGGACAUCGUCGACCGCGUUCUCAUCCUCUGGAACAACAAAAUGUGGUCCAAGAACAGCUCCAUUGCCUCGCUGAUCAUGAAGGCAGAGGCUUGUGGGGGGGGCUUGAAAGGAGACAAGGUGGUAGUGGUCGAUCCUUCAGAUAGGGGAGCAAGCAAGUCUUCGCUGAACCAUCGCUUCCUCCCUUGGGAGCAGAUCAGGACAGAGGCGGUGGUGAGCAUGGAUGACGACUUCAGGCCAGAGGAGGAGCAGCUGAAGAAGCUGCUGGAGGUCUGGUGCUCCUUCCCCGAAACUCUCGUGGGCCCCAUGUGGCUGACAACGCGAAGUCUGGCGUGCAAGGACGCGAGCUGUGCUGAGCUGACCUACGUCACGGGGGGUUGGCCCGGCUACUACAACCUUAUCCUCACCGGCUUCGCGCUCUUCCACAGGGGGUGGCUGGUGAAGUACAGCGAGGAGGAGGGAGUGGGGGAGAUGGCGGAGGGGAGGCGAGUGGUGGACGCGUACGGGAGCUGCGAGGAUAUCCUCCUCAACUUCUUGGUGGCGAAGGAGACAGGACGAGCACCGAUUGCCGUAGAGGUCGGAGACGUGCAGGAGAUGGAGGACAAUGUUGGGCUGAGCAGCAUCGGCAGUCACUUUCAUGCCCGAAGUCGCUGCUCCAACGCCUUCCUCCUUCCCUUCCCCAGGUUUCCCCUGCACACCAACCACAAGGGAGAGCACAGGACCGACGUUGGUGCCUUCCUGUCGGGGGAGCAUGCAGCUGCUGAACGAGCAGCGGAAGAUGCUGGCAGACAGCGCGAGCAAGAGGAGGAUCUCGACAAGCUGCGAUCUGCAUGGAGGAGGCACGUUGAGGAGGUUGGGAAGGAAGACCUUGGAGCCACCGCUCCUGGUCCUCCUACGCCAUGGGAAGGAGAAGCAGGAUCUGACAGUAGCAGUGGGGAGAGGCCGGGAGAGAGGAGGGUGGUGGUGGCUACCGUCCUCUACUCUAGCCUCGAGUACCUUGAGCUGCAGGUCGAAAGCCUCAACGCCUUCCUCCUGCAUCCGCACGUCUUCGUCGCUGCCGUCGACUCCCCGACUCCCGAGCUCCGCACUCGCUUCCUCCUCCGCUGCGCAGACCUGCGGGUGCAGUGCCAUCGGACGCCUCUGAGCGACGAGGAGGAGGAAUUCGAGCUGAGCGAACGUCCGUCUUACGGCCACAUGCUCGCGCUGCAGUGGUUGCUGCAUUCUGUGAUCUUCAAGGAGUUCGCAGACGACGUCCUCCUCAUCCUCGACCCGGACGUCUUCCUCAUCCGCCCCUUCUCAGUCUUCCGCUUCCACUGUGACGGUGACGCCUCCUGCGGCAUCUUCUCCCCUCGCUCGUCACCCCAUCCCCAUCCCUGUGACAUCACAGGCUUCGCGCAGGUGGCAGGAGGCGUCAAGGACUCGGACUCGCUCUACCUCUACCUUCACGUCGGCGUGCUACUCCUCGACCUCCCCCGCAUGCCCAUGAAGCACACGUUGAGCUUGGCUCCCGUCGCAGUCAACGAGGUCCUUCACGACUCCGGCGGCAGCCUCGUCCUCUACUUUCUCCGCCUUAUCGAGACCAUCCCGCACUUCCGCAUACUGGAGUAUCCUUACUCUGCCAAGCCCUGGUGGUCGUCAGGCGUGGACGAGCUGUGGGAGGAGGAGGAGAGGGAAGGAAAGCUUGUCGUCUGCUACCUGCAGCACAACUACUCCUCGGACGCUUGCUUCAACGAGCUCGGCGCGUGUGAUCUCCAGCAACCAGGAGGCAGCGACCGAUGCCCAGCAGGUCUCCCCGACCUCAUCUCCGGCGUAUUCCUGCACAUCCGCAAGUCUUCAGGAUGGGACGAGCAGCGGAGCUUCAUCUCCUCCUCCAGCAGGCGUCACCUCCGCUCCUCGAGGAUGGUCCGCAUGCAGUGCGCCCUCGGGUACGUGCGCAGGCUCGUGAGCCUCCAGCUGGGGCAUCGGCUGGUGGACCUGAGCGAAAACAACGUGGGAGCAGCGGAUUUCAGCUGGGAACCGAUCGACUUCCAAGUUCGAGGGCAGGUGGAGGAAGGGAGCGAUGAUGACAUCUGCCGGGCUCUUCCCCCCCCCUCCUCCGCCAGCCCCCUGGAGCUUGACUUGGCUCGUCCCCUCGACCUGCAGGCUCUCUUCCUCGCUCCCAUCGACUCGUCUCGCUCCCUCCGCUGGCACGGGGGUCAGCUGGAGGAGAAGGUCAGGAAGCUGCAGACCAGCUGUGUGCUGGAGCUGGAGGAGGUGGAAGUUCUCUCGAGUUGA